GGUACUGGCAAAAGAGGUCUAAUUAAAUAGUUUAAUAGUUUUUGGUUUCGUGUGUGGCUGCUUGGCCGCACUUGCAUGCGUGCGCAGCAGGCGGAGCAGGAGCGCCUGUGGAGCACCGAGCGACUGCUGCGGCACCUGCAGCAGGCGGUGGGGCACGACGUGGCGGCGCUGGCGCUGCGGCGAGUGGAGGGCGCGGUGGCGCGCACGCUGCUGGCCGCUGAGGCCCGGGCCAGCGACGCGUGGCGGUGUGCCUCGUGUUUUCAACUUCUGAAGUUCAUUCUCACAUUCAACGCCUCACUCCACCCGCUUGUCCUGCAGGUGAACGGCCACCCAAGCCUUCACGUAGCUCGGAGGCCACGCGCCGCGAGCUCCCCGCCAGGACCGGGUGAUGCGCCAGGGCGUGGGGCCGCUCGCUCAGAGGAGACCCCAGCCUAUAAGGCUGUCCUGCGGGACUCUGCCUCGCUGCUGUGCGCCGCCACCGCCGGUGUAGGCGAGGCCUUGGCGGGCAACGUGCGCGAGAUCCUGGAGCGCCACGGGGUGGACGCUGAGCCUCAGAGCAAGUCUUGCAACGCGGAGCAGAGUGCAUGCCUAACGGGAGACGACCUCCGCUUUCUUGUGGACACGCACAGCGAGAGCCAACACUCGGGACGCUUCAAACUGCUCUUCCCAUCGUCUCUGCCGGAGUUGAACGCCUUUCGCUCCACCCUCCAGCACCGUUCUCACGAACCGCCCUUCCCACCGUCGUACGCCACUGACCGGCUGCCUGCCCAGCUGUGGGAGGACCUGCAAGCGAAGCUCUCCGCCCCGACAGCCCCUUCGCUUGGCGCUCGCAGGGGCAGUGCGAUGCAGACGCAGCAUGGCUCCAAGCGAGCAGAUGCCAGUCCAGCAGAGCCAGGAACACCUGAUGCAGCCACUGGCAAGGCAGAUGCCAGUCCAGCUGGGCCGAGAAAUCCCGACGCAGCCACCGGCAAGGCAGCACAACGUGCAACCACCUACACAGCGAAUGAACAGCUGAGAAGCAACUGCAGUAAUGACGCGGAGGCGCGGGGCACGCUCGGCUCGCUGGCGCUGGAGCCGCCCCUCGAGCUGUGGCCGCCGUUCGAGCCGCGCGUGCGCCGCUACGAGGCCAGGGCGGCGUUCCCCGUGCUGCUCCUGCGCCUGGUCGCAAGCCCCCGGCACUGCGAGGAGCAUGUGCGCAUCGGGGAGAGCACAGGGCGCAGAGGCGCUGCGCACUGGCCGCUCGGCGUGGGGCUGACGCAGGUCAACGUGUUCGUGAUGGCAGUGGGCGGCGUCGCGAGGGUCUACACUCUCCGCGUUUUUCGUGACCCGCGGCCCAGCUCCAGCCUCACUCGGCCCUGGAACGGCACGGUCUGCGGCCUGCAGCAGGACUGUGCAUUUGCGCUGUGGGACAGGCAGCCAUGUGGCUUGAGGCCACUUCCCCGGGGCUCCGCACAGCUCGAUGAGCAGAGGCCCCCCUGCCAGGGACACGAACAAGGCUCGUGGGUUUUGCCGUGCCUGAGCUGUGCCGACAGCAGCUCGUGUGACUGGAGCCAGGCGGCCUGGGAGGUCUCCGGCUGUCGCCACCCUCGGUUUAGUCAGCAACAGCUGCAGCAGUGCAUGCUGGGAGUGAAGCUGCUGGUGGUGGGAGACUCGACGGCGCGCGGGAUGAUGUUCUACCUGAUGGAACGCCUUAACGGCACGCUGGCCCAUUGGGAGCAGAUUCACGGCUCAAAGCACUACCGCUUCCUGAAUCGCGGACUCACACACGCCGCCUUCGCCUACUUCCCGCAGUUCUGGGUGGUGCCACAGCACCAGCGGACCUUCGAGGAGACGGUGAUGCUGCUCAUCGCCAGCUCGCGACCGCUUAUCGACGGGUGGCGCACUGUGCUGCUGUUGGGUGGCGUGCACUGGCUGUGGCCCCACCACCUGCGCUCACUGAACCUCCUGCUGCGGCGGGAGGGCUUGUCCAGGGCACGGGUGCUGGUGAAGACGCUGAGCAUGGGCUUUGGCCUGCCAGUGGAGAGCACGCGCUCCCUGUCUCUGAGUGAGCAGAGGGCCGUGUGGCAGCGCAAUGUGGGCAUCAUGCAGGAAGCACACACGCUCGGAUUCUCCAUCGUGGACACGUGGAACGUGACUGUGGCUCGGCAUGCAGAGUUCCUGCACGGCAAGUGCAGCUGCCACUUCCACGAGGUAAUCCCGAGGUCCCGUGGGGCUGGGGGAAGCGCUCUCCCGGUCACCACCUUCCACGUGCAGGGAGCGAUCAAUGCUGCCUAUUCCGAGAUCCUCCUAGCGCUUCUCUGCUCUGACCAGCUGUGACACCGAUUGGAACGGCCCCACCGGUGCCCAGUGCCCGUAUCCUCUGUGAGGUUUGAAGUGGCCAACUGGCAUCAUGCUGGAGAGAGGGCACGCGUCACACGGACAGGGCGGGCCAACAAGGCACAUUUGGAAGAUUAUGCCAUACAGCAUAUUAACUCUUCAGGUAAUUCAGGAGUUAUGGGGGAAACUGCCUGGCACCGGCAGUGUCCUUCGUUUCUCAUGGCUCCAGCGUCUCUCCACACUAAAGUGCCCUUGCUGUGAGCUCAGUCGGGCUCACAGCGAGGCCCCUUUCCUCCUCAAAUACAUCACCAGCGACGUGUUUCUCGGCUCCCUAGUCCACUGUGCUCUGCACAUGAAUGAACGUGAAGGUGGGAAUGCGGUGUCCUGCGUGUGUAUCGCCAAAGUGGGGUCACGCUUUGUCUGCUGAACAGCGAUCUUUGCCGGAUCAGUUAAGGGCAGUGGUGCUCAUCCGAACAUGGCGAGUCCCUGAAAAGGUUUCAACUUCAACACGGUGUCAUCAGUUACUUUGUAGCCCGUCAACCCAACGACGAUGGUUUUGAGCAAGAAGCAGUCCACCAACAGUGGGGUCUGGCAUCGCGUGCCGGAAAAUUUGUAGCAAAAUCUGCACCUGACAACACGGCAGAAUGUGUAUACCUCGACCUGCGGUUGAAGGUGAACUGAAUUCAAAGAGGUGAAACAUGUGGAGGAGAGAGGCAGGAUGGAGUUGUUUGGGAAUGCUGGACUUGAAGAGCAACGUACGAAUGUGGCUCCCGGAGGAAGUUUCUAAUGGGUGCGUACUACUGCUACGUGCCACGAUGCACGGUUCAAGGACACGCUCGUUACGAAACGGAGAACAACACUUUAAGGCCACAGAAGAGCCGUGGAGAGAUGCACGCUUGGAUUUGCAUUGAGACACAGGGAAAGGAACACGUGGAUGACAGAACAUAUGCAGGUUAAUAAAAGUGGGCUUGGGCAGGACAAGUGACAGCCAAGGAAUGGAACGCGCCCACUAAAGAGAUGGAGUGACGAAAACGGUUUGUGUGCAGGUGAAUUAUUACAUCGUAGGAAUGUGGAGGCAGCAGAUUGGGAUCGCCUCCAUCGAGCAGUGGAUUGAUCAUGGCUGAUGAUGAGUUUAAAAGGCACGACCUUCGGAAACCUUAAUCCAAGUGGCCUGCUGUUUUAUGGAAGCAGAUUAUUAUUUACUUUUCUUAUCCAGUCUGUGAGCAUUGUUAGCGAGUAACCUUGCUGCUACGGAACCACUCAGCCAAUCUGGAUGCAUCCAUAAAAUAGGCCCAGGCAGCAGAGCGAGGCUGCCGUUUGAUGGAUUCGGUGUUAAUUUUCACGAUUAAUCCCCAUUUAUAUCCCCCCGUCUGCGUACUGGGGCAUUUUUUUACAUUCAUAAAACACAUGUACUGUAUAUACAAUUAUUUGAGCGUAUAUAUCCCUGUACAUAGCACAUAUACAUUUGUAUAUAGACAUAUUUUAUAUGUAUAAAUGCACGUUCCGUUUUCGAUGUUUAAUAUAUUCUGUGUAGAGUCAAAUCCAUACUCUAUCUCAAAACAUCUAUCCAACCUCUUGUCUCAACAUACCUAAAGCCUACGUGUCGAACUGAUAUCAAUCCAAAAUGCCACACUAUACCAUCUGGCGAGCUCUUGUGUAACGAUUAAACAGCUCUGCCUCCCUGGAGCACUGCUCUCUAUUUAAGACACCAUUCACAUUUGGAAUAGAACGACGUCAAUGUCUCCAAUGAUGCCUGGGCCGAUUCAUGCUUUUUUUCCUGUACGUCAUUUGCUACUGGUCCACGUCCAUGAUCGGUAUGUUAUUGCUCAGUAUUCUAUCUUUUAUAAAUAAUCUCUACAACGUAGUGGUGUCGGUGACAGUAUGCUUGCCUUGCACCUUUUGUCGUAAAGCGACUGCCCCUGAACAA